GUUGUAUAAUCAGAUUGGAGGCAGGUUGAUCAUUGAGAACCGCCGGCUUGGGUAGACAAUGAUGAGGCGGUGAAGCACUGCUAAUGAAAGUGUAAUCUACGUAUAUCCUGACAAAUGAAUUAACCGUUUUCGACUUUUCUUGUGCAAAAAUGACGACGACCAAGACAUUUCAAGGGAUAGAGCCCGGAGCCAAAAGCAGUUCCAGGGUUUUGCGCCCUCCUGGUGGUGGCUCCAACAUUUCAUUUGGUGCAGAUGGGGACAAACCACCUGUUCGGAAAAACAAAAUGGCCUCCAGUGUUUUUGCUGAGCCAGAAGACCCCUAUGCUAAUCGAAGAAACAACCCACCAGGUGGAAAGCCCACAGGUGUGCUGUGUGGUGAGCCUUCAGCGCCCCUGAGGAGAGGAGGGAACCACACCACCAAUCACUCAGCAGAUGCCCCCGCCAUGGAAGGAGAAAAUUCUGUGUAUGAUCAUGACAAAAGUGCAGCUGAAUCUGAAGCAGCUCCAGAGCAGCAUCAGCCACCUCCUCAGCAGCAGCAGCAGCAGCAGCAGCAGCAGCAGCAGCAGCCGCAGCAGCAGCAGGAGGAGGAAGCCCCAGCAGCUGAGGAGACUGUUGCAGGAUCAGGCCGCAGGAAUCCUCCAGGGGGCAAGUCCAGCCUCAUCCUGGGUUGAAUUCCUACCAACUUGCCCCUCCAUUAAUCUAUGAACUCAUCUUUUUAUUUCUCCAUCCUUUUUUUUUUUUUUUUUUUUUUCAAAACAAGAAUCCCAGCCCAUUUGUCUGUCCUGAUGUCAACCAGGAACCAGUGCCCUCCACAUCCCCAAGUGCAUUGUUUUGAUACCUCUUUUUUGGAGACCGUUUUGUACUGUUUUUAUUGUUUGUUUAUUUUGACAGAAGCACUUUAUGUAUUUCUAUGUGCAUGGUUCAGCGUCUGCCUUUGCCCAAGUUACGCAUUACGCCUGUCAGAAAGGGCACAAGGACCACAUUUCUCAUGUCAACUAAUGAUAAUCCCUGCUCACCCACCCACCCAAACUUUAUUACAACAGCACAAGCUGUAUGUGAUUAUACUAAUGGUUUCUAGAACACAAGCCAAGAAAAAGCUGUCACUUUUGCACUGUGUUCAGUUUUGACCCAUUGUGCAUGCACAUCUGGUCUGUAAUGUAUGAAUGUGAGAUGAAACUGUUAACUGUGAAGAUUUUUUUGUUUUAAUAAGCUCUUCCUGUUUGUUGUUUUUGUUUUGUUUUUUUUUUCUGUGUGAAAUAAUUGUUGUAUUGUUGUUGCAUGAAGUUGGAAUCUUUCUACUGACUACUAGUACUAAUAUCCACAUAGGAGCCAAAUAUGAGCCUCAUAAAUUACUGUAUUGUUAGGCCCCAUGUCAGGCAACACAAUUGGAGCAAGCCUUUUUCAUAUAGUAGUCACAACUGACUCUUCUUAGACUAUUGUAACUCCAGUGCCAGUUUUGAGUACCCCGUGUUUUUACAGGUAAAAUUUACUCUAAAAGAAAAGGUGCCCGUUACAAUAACAUCCAACAAGGCUGUGUUUCCUCAUACUCUAUCCUAACAAUGUUAAUAACACACUUUUUUCCACUGCGAGACAAUGGAAUGUUUUUGGUCAUGACACUUGAGUGUUUCUAGAAUACCCAUCCUAGAUUUGACAAGUGACCUUAUGACAGCUCAGCCUUUUAUUUAUGUUUUACCCCCAUCAUUCAUUUGUUGAAGACCCUGCUCACUGAAAAAUACAGAACAGCCUUUUGUAGAUUUCAUGACACAUUAUUUGAACCAAAAUUCAAACACAGUCCUUGCUUCUGUCUUGUUAAGUCAUGUGUGUGGCUGCUGUGUUCAGCCAGCUGUCAUUUAAGAAAAAAAACAACACAUUUCAGGUAUGUGAAAUGUCCCGUGGUGUCUAUUUUUAACAUGUGUGAUGAUGCGAGAGGACGCAUAGACACCUGUAUCCCGUAUCCAUCCAGUUCCUGUUGCUUGAUGUAAGUCACUGCAGAAAUUUGAAUUCAAGUAAUGGCACAAGUGUAAAUCAGCAUUAAAAAUCAAUGACCAUGUGUUUUA